AUGUGCUCCGAGAAGGGCCAAGCAAAGCCCUGGCGGCCUGGAAACGGACAGCAGAGCCGCUGCGAGAGCCACGAAGAGGAGGACAGGAAGGUGAGGAGGAGAGAGAAGAACCGCGUGGCUGCCCAGAGGAGUCGCAAGAAGCAAACUCAGAAGGCGGAUAAGCUGCACGAGGAGUAUGAAUCUCUUGAGCAAGAAAAUACCUCCCUGAAGAGAGAAAUUGGAAAGCUAACAGAUGAAAUGAAACACUUGAGUGAAGUGUUGAAGGAUCAUGAAAAGAUCUGUCCACUAUUGCACUGCUCCAUGAACUUUGUGACCGUACCGAGGCCUGAUGCACUCACCAGCUGCCUGCCGAGAUGAGAGCUCUCCUUGAUCACCUUGCAGUGAGGGCUAAGGCACCCAUCAACGGGGAAAAUUUGAACAACUGCCUACCUGCAGUGCGGGUCUGUCUUCAAAGAGGACUGCACUUGACACACAGGUCUUCUCCAUGUCGAAAUCCUAUAGUCUUCGAAACACCAGUAUGGAAAAAARCUUGGAAGGCGACUGCCUCUGGCAGCAUGCGGAGGCCGCGGGUUUGUGUUCAGCAAUGUCCAAGCAGGCUGCAGCCCACGAGCGCGGCGUGGGAUGCAGGUGCAGGAGAGCACCGGGCGCCUCUCUCCUGUGCGUCCACCGCUAGUGACUCUUGGGCAGUUGUCAUCCUGAGAGAUCCUAUUCUGGCUGCUGUUCUUCUCUAAACGGGUUUGGUUAAUAAAAGCAAUGGCCUAGCUUUAUGAUGUUCUCCACCUCAUUCAAUUUAUAAUGUCUUCUGAACAUCUCUGCUUUUACUUACUGGUCAAAGCCAAAGUCUACUGCUAAUCUUCCUGCCAGUUGUUUUAUUGCUUGCUUAUCACCACUUCWGUGCUUCCUCUUUUGAAGUGUGGUCAACAAAGGAGGUUUGCCAGUCCUUAUUUCUUUACUACCUAUCAUCAUCCACCUAAUAAUGUGGGUUCUCCGGGUGUUUUAUAUCGUAAAAUAUAGUUCAACCAAUUUCACCUGAUGAUUGCCUGGUCUAUGUGGUGGAAGACCUAAGUAUUUCUUUUUUUGCUGUUUUAAAGCUUUGUCUUAAAGAACCAAUUUUAAAUUUGACAGAUUUAUUGUAUCCACUGGAAAUUAGUAAGGGGUUGGUUUGAUUUGGGG